AUGGUUGUAUGGGCAAAUGGAGAAGUGGAAAGUGCUAGCUCAAGUGACGAUGAGAUGCCACCAUUGGAGGAUUUUUCUGAUGUUGAAGUGGAAGAACCUAUGUGUGGUGAUUUACUUGUUACAAGGAGGGCUCUGAGUAUACAGCCUAAGGAUGAAGGAGAUAAGGAGCAAUGCGAGCAUAUUUUUCACACAAGAUGCCACGUGAAGGAUAAGGUAUGUACGUUGAUUAUUGAUAGUGGGAGUUGUACUAAUGUUGCUAGUACUUUGGUAGAAAAGUUGAAUUUGAAGUGGGAGAAACACCCUAAACUGUACAAGCUACAAUGGCUGAAUGAAUAUGGAGAAGUGAAGGUAAACAAGCAAGUUCGGGUUCCUUUUUCAAUUGGCAAAUAUGAGGAUGAGGUUCUUUGUGAUGUGGCACCGAUAGCUAAUCCCGAGGAAACGAAGGAGAAAAAAAGGCAAGUAGAUGAGAUGUUGCAAAAGGGAUUUGUAAGGGAGAGUCUCAGCCCAUGUUCGGCUCCUGUCCUCUUAGUCCUAAAGAAAGAUGGAAUGUGGCGCAUCUGUGUGGAUUGCCGAGCUAUUAACAAGAUAACGGUGAAGUAUAGACAACCUAUCCCCAGAUUGGAUGAUAUGCUUGAUGAAUUGCAUGGCUCUCAAUUCUUUUCUAAAAUUGAUUUAAAGAAUGGCUAUUAUCAUAUUCGAAUGAAAGAGGAAGAUGAAUGGAAAACUGCAUUUAAAACUAAAUAUGGAUUGUAUGUGGGCAUUAGUGUUGAUGAAGAAAAGGUAAAGGCAAUAAGGGACUGGCCUACACCUAAGAAUACAAACAGGUGGGAUGAUGUGCAUGACCGGGCUUUCAAAACUUUGAAAGAUAAGCCAACUAAUGCACCUUUGUUGUGUUUGCCUAACUUUGAUAAAGCUUUUGAAAUAGAAUGUGUUGUAUCCGAGAUUGGAAUAGGAGCUGUUUUGAUGCAGGAUUCCAAACCAAUUGCUUAUUUUAGUGAAAAGCUAAGUGGGGUAGCAUUGAAUUAUCCUACUUAUGACAAGGAGCUUUAUGCAUUAGUGAGAACUCUUCAAACAUGGCAGCAUUACUUGUGGCUGAGGGAAUUCAUCAUUCAUUUUGAUCAUGAGAGCUUGAAGUUCUUGAAGACCCAAGGUAAGCUUAAUGAAAGACAUGCUAAGUGGUUGGAGUUCAUAGAGACGUUUCCUUAUGUAAUCAAAUACAAGCAUGGCAAGGAAAAUGUUGUGGCUGAUGCAUUAUCUAGGAGCCAAGUAUGGAAUGCAUGUGAUAAGUGUGCGUUUGGUGAUUUUUAUAGGCAUGAAGGAUUUCUAUUCAAGAAAGAUAAAUUAUGUGUGCCUAUUUGUUCUGUUCGUGAGUUGCUUGUUAGGGAAAGUCAUGGAGGAGGUUUGAUGGGUCACUUUGGUGUUCUAAAGACUUUAGAUACAUUAUGUGAGCAUUUUUAUUGGCCUAAUAUGAAGCAUGAUGUGCAAUCUGCUUGUGAUGCAUUACAUUGGGAGAAGUGUUUGCCACAUAUUGAGUUUGCAUAUAAUGGGACUGUUCAUUCUACUUCUUCAUUUUCUCCUUUUGAAAUUGUUUAUGGCUUUAAUGCUUUAACACAUGUGGAUAUUUUACCUUUGCCUACUAAUGAGCAUGCUAAUCUUGAUGGUAAGAAAAAGACAGAUUUUGUGAAGGAUUUACAUGUCAGAGUUCGAGCCAACACUGAAAGGAAGAAUGAGCAAUAUGCUAAGCAAGCCAAUAAGGGGCGUUUGAAGGUUGUCUGGCACAUGCGUAAGGAGAGGUUUCCUACACAAUGGAAAUCAAAAUUGUAG